AACUCCUCACGUAAACAGUCUCUGUUACAAUUUCCUGUCAGUCGAACCCUCGCUAACUGGGGUUCCCGUGGGGAGUGGUCACAAGCGAGUAAAUUUCUAGGAACUGGGAAUCGGAAGAAAAAACAGUAUUAUAAGAGAAGCAGAGACUUCAACGCCAGUCAGUGAGGAGGAAGCUUUAGUGAAAAGAACAGAAUGCGUUCGUGCGUCGUUGUAAUGGCGGUGGUCCUGGGUUUGGGGGCGGCGCUUCCUGGUCCGCUCGAGCCCACGCCGAGGUUCCACUCGAGGCGCCAGGCAGGGCCAAGCCUGGGUGACCUCAUCCAGGAGUUUGCGCUGGACAUUUCAUCGGUAUCCUGGAGCGAGCAAGGUAACAUGGUGCUCUCCCCAUUCAGCAUCACAUCCCUGUUGUCGAUGUUGCUCCUGGGAACCUCAGGCACCACCUACCAUGAGCUGCGUUCCGCCCUGCUCUACCCCGCCACGGCCGAGGACUCCGCCGUGCACACCAGCUACCAGGCCCUGACGCAGAGCCUCAUUCAGGACAACCCUGGCAUGCUCGUGAGCAUCGCCAACCGACUGUACCUCCAGACAGGCGUGAACGUGCUGGCGGCCUUCAGCCAGGAUGCGCAGCGCUACUACGGCAUCAGCGUGCGCGAACUCAACUUCGCCCAGAACCCGAACGGCGCCAGGGACGCCAUCAACGCCUGGGUGAGCCGGGAGACGCGAGGCAAGAUCCCGCGGCUGUUGAAUUUCGUUAGCCCUCAGACGACCGCCCUGGCCGUCAACACGGUAUACUUCAAGGGGGCCUGGGAGACGCCCUUCCAGAAGAGGACGACCCACCCCAGCACCUUCAACACGGGCACCCAGAACAUCACCGUCCCCAUGAUGAGCUCGAUGAUGAAGGUGCCGUACCUGGACCUGCCCGACGCCAACGCCGAAAUGAUCGCCCUGCCGUACCAGGGCCGCCAGUUCGCAAUGUUCUUCAUCGUGCCCAGAGGACCCGUCACCCUUAACACGCUUCUGGAACUCGAGUUCUACCUCGACGCCGACACACUCAACAGACACAUCAGCAACAUGAGGGACGUCCAGAUGAACGUCUUCGUGCCGAGGAUGAGCAUCAACUACAAGGCCGACCUCGCAGACACCCUCAAACGCCUCAAAGUCACCAGCCUCUUCGACUCGGUCCGCGGCGACUUCAGCAGGAUGACCACCGACAAGGUCAUGGUGGACAGGGUUAUUCACGAGACCAUUAUCGACAUCACCGAGGAGGGCACGGAGGCCGCCGCCGCCACCGCGACCGACCUGAAUCGCAUCGGCACUUCGCGCUCCUUCACCGUGGACCGACCGGCGCUCAUGUUCAUCCGGGAGCUGCGGACGGGCGCGCCUCUCUUCUGGGGUAGACUCGUCCAGCCGGAGCCUCUGCUCGACUGAGUCCACGUCUGGCGCCCGAAUCUUUAGCUCAUUGCGCGUUGUGUCAGUGGCUGUGACGGGACACAAAUAGUUACAUAUACUCGCACUUGGUGGCGUCGUAGUCGAUAUCCUAAUGACUCUAUUCACGAAAAAUAUAUUCGGCAAAUAUGUGGACAGUGCUGCACCUUAAUUUACCCGAAAAGCUCUUGAAGUAUAGCUGUGAUAGUAUGGUUUUACUCAAGAUGUCCUAACCCUUAAAUUAUUCCCCGUUUUCAACAGUACCUGGACCAAAGUACUUCUCGUUGCUAUAUACAAGAAAGAUGCAACUUCGGAGCCUAUGUAAGUCGUAUAUCUUUUAUCUAUUAAGGAACAGUUAUAUCACUACCUGAACCUGGAUCGUGAUGAUGUGAGAAGAUUCUAGAACGACUGUAGCUCGAGAAAAAGGAACGUUAAAAAAAGCCGCCAAACUGUAGAAGGCAGUGACUUUCACUUCCUGCCGGAACCACGCAGCUGUGCCACCACCACGUCGCUUGGCUGUCGUGCUCAUGAAGGUGCUACGGAUCCCCACUGACGCACACGAGGGCGGGGGAGGCAGAGUGCAUGACGGCGGCGGUUGUGAGGGCGGAAGGCAAGAGAGACUUUCGGCUGAGAAUGCAUGAGAGGAGACACAGCGAGUCAUGUGCAUCGUGAUCUCUGUGUUAUCGGUUUAUAUUCAUGU